AGACUCCCUGACAGCUGCUGUCUUUAACCCUGCGCGGUGGAGCGUCGUUGACAGAUCAGGAAGUUUGUUGGAGGCUAAACCUUCUCAGAGGGAGAAUCUCAAAGGGGGGGUAUUAACCCCUGAAGCAACCCAUCACCCCGCCGUACUGAGGUCACUUCCUGAGAGGAGUAGGAGGAGCUAAAGAUCAGUGGAUUAUUGGAUCGUUGGACGUGAGAAAACCUGUCUGUGGGAGGUGAAUCCGCUGAGGGGGCCAUGUGUUUCUGCUGAGGUCUCAUCUCCCCUGCCAACAUGAGGCUGACGCCCGGCUCGCCUCCGCCCGUCCUGCCCGCCGUCCUGGCUCUCACCAUAGCCGCCUUCUUACCUCGGCUUUCCUCAGGAGCCACGCCGUUCCCCCAAGACCUGGAACCAAUCAGCAUCGUGGGCAGAGAAACCUCCUACCUCUACCCGAGCUUCCAGGGGCUCAUGUCGGACAAUGACACCGUCCGUCUGGGUUUGGACUUCCAGAGGAUGCUGAGGAUCAACCACAUGCUCUACAUCGCUGCCCGGGACCAUGUGUUUGCUGUCAAUCUGGCCUCUUCAUCUGAGCAGAUAAUCCCCCAGCAGAAACUGACUUGGAAGACGAAGGAUGUGGAGAAGUGCACUGUGAGAGGGAAGAACAGCGACGAAUGUUACAACUAUAUCAAAGUGCUGGUGCCGCGCAACGACGAGACGCUUUUCGCCUGCGGCACCAACGCCUUCAACCCCACCUGCCGUAACUAUAAGAUGGCGACACUGGAGCAGGAGGGGGAGGAGGUGGUGGGUCAGGCUCGAUGUCCCUUCGAGUCCCGCCAGUCCAACGUCGGCCUUUUCGCAGGUGGUGAUUUCUACUCAGCCACCAUGACAGACUUCCUGGCGAGCGACGCAGUGAUUUACAGGAGUCUGGGAGAGAGCAGCCCCGUUCUGCGUACAGUAAAGUAUGACUCCAAAUGGCUGCGAGAGCCCCAUUUCCUCCACGCCAUUGAGUACGGGAACUAUGUGUACUUCUUCUUCAGUGAGAUCGCAGUGGAGUACACAACUCUGGGCAAGGUGGUUUUCUCCAGAGUGGCACGUGUUUGUAAGAACGACAACGGCGGCUCACCGAGAGUGCAGCGUUACUGGACGUCGUUCCUCAAAGCGCGGCUGAACUGCUCCGUCCCCGGCGACUCCUUCUUCUACUUUGACGUCCUGCAGUCGCUGACGAACGUGCUGCAGAUCAACCACCGACCGGCCGUGCUCGGAGUCUUCACCACACAGGCAAACAGCAUCACCGGCUCGGCAGUGUGUGCUUUCUACAUGGACGACAUCGAGAAGGCGUUCAGUGGCAAGUUCAAAGAGCAGAGGAACAGCGAGUCGGCCUGGACACCUGUUCCCGAGGAGCAGGUCCCCAAGCCGAGGCCGGGAUGCUGUGCCGGCGAGGGAUCAGCCGCCGCCUACAAGUCGUCCACAACUUUCCCUGACGACACCCUGACUUUCAUCAAGUCAUACCCGCUCAUGGACGAGUCCGUGCCCUCGGUCAACGACAGACCCUACUUCACCCGCACCACCAGCAGAUUCAAGUUGACCCAGAUAGCGGUGGACACGUCUGCGGGGCCGUACAAGAACUACACAGUGGUUUUCCUGGGCUCGGAUAACGGCCAUGUGCUGAAGAUCCUGGCCAGCACGGAGGGAUCCAACGCAUCCUUUAACACCCAGGUCCUGGAGGACAUCGACGUCUACAACCCCAACAAAUGCAAUGUGCAGGGCGAGGACAGGAGGGUGCUGGGCCUCGAGCUGGAUCGGGACCAUCAUGCGUUGUUUGUGGCGUUCUCCAGCUGUGUGAUUCGGGUGCCGCUGAGCCGCUGCUCUGACUACAGCUCCUGCAAGAAGAGCUGUCUGUCCUCACGGGACCCUUACUGCAUAUGGAUCAAGUCAGGCACAUGUGCCACCGUCUUACCGGGCUUCAAAGGCGGGUUUGAACAGGAUGUGGAGAACGGUUAUCAUCAGCACCCUGAUACCUGCCACGAUGUGCUGGCGACCACCCGAAGGCAGAACACGCCGCUAGAUUCAGCGUAUGGGAAGACCACACCCACAAGCGCCAGCACAACCUUUCAUGGGGCGGCGUUCCCAAAGGAGGCAGGUGACCCUGAAAGAGGUACAGGUCCUGAUGGCCCUCCCUCCGUGGGGGAACAAGGGUCACCUGACUCGGAGCCAAUCAGUGUGGAGAUUGAGG